CUUCCCGGCACUCGUGCGUCGUGGUUCUGUAAUGAUUAACCUCGUGCUCACAGGCGUCACCUGGACCAGGAAAAGGGAAGCAUCGUAGGGAAAUGCAGCAGACGGGACGAUGGAGGGCACAACUCUGCGCCUGCUCUGGUUUCUACUCGGAGUCUCUCUCACCAGACAAGAGAUGGUGAGACUGAAGACGAGCCACACAAUCGCAGCCGAGUGUUGGACACAGGUGGUGCUGCACUGCAACGCAUCCUCGUCCCGGGACGGCCUGUCGGUCAAGCACAUGGAGUGGUUCCGCGGCGCGAUGUCCCUAUGCUCCGUGGACAAAGACGGACUCGUUUCGACGCAUCAGAAUCACUCCCUCAGUCCCUUCCACUGCCACUUCCACAACGACGGGAGGCUGACCCUCAAACUUGAGUGGGUGCUGCCUCUGGAGAGCGGCGAGUACAAGUGCAAGCUCCGGUCCAACCAAGGAAUGCUCAGCGAGCGCACCAGAGUGCAGCUGCAAGAGUGCUCCAGGGGAGCCAAGGGUGUUCCGACGAGCGAUGGAGCAUCCUGCACCUUCAGCCACGUCCACCCAGACGGAGACGUGCACUGGUUUCAGGGCUCCCACAACCUUUCGGACGGGCCCGCGAGGUACCAGACCAUGAAGAGUGUGGACCGGCACGGCUGGCUGACCAUCAGCAGCACCCUGACCCUCCAGGGAGAACUGGGUUCACGAGAGCCCUACAACUGCUCCCUGAGGAGCUCCACGUCAGGCAGAUACAUUGGAAGCACUUUGGUUUCAGGUCUGAGACCAGAACUUUUCCGUUUUCCCACCAACGCAGUCGGAUCUCAGGGACCCGGAAAGACGCUUCUGUAUAUUUUACUCUCACUUAUCAUCGUUGCGCUUAACUAAUUGACUUCAAAGUGGGAGCAUUUCAUGGAACAUCAGGGUAGAUCAUUAACUCAUAUGAAAAAGUGGUACCGAGAUUAUGUUUUGUCUUUUAUAUCCUUUACAAAACUGGUUCAGCUGUAAAUGUGGUUGAAUGAGUCACGUUGCAAGGUCCAAAGAUUUAUUAUCUGGAGUUUUCUGUCCCAGCUGACGGGAACAAGGAAAUUACAGAGCGUUGAUAACAAAGGUGCAUUUAAUCAUUACAAAUCUGGGGUUUUUAGUUCUUAUACACCGUCAUGGGCGAGGAAGCAAGCCUCCCAACACUGAAAAACUAGGAGUAACGCAAACCAGGGGGCCCAGUCAGGCAGAAACAUUCAAGAAGGGCCACUUGUGCAGUUCGAUCUUCAGCUGUAAACUAUUUUCCGGAUUAAUUUCUCCAAAACUCAAACUCUCCUGACACGCGGGGGUCAGGUGCAUGAAACGCACGUUGUUGCAGGAUUAAAGGAUGUGAACUCUCAAGGACCAGAAUGUACAGUCUGCCCUUACAUUUAUGAAUCUAAACCACCCAAGUUUUAAGUUAGUUAAGAAUGUUUUCAAAACUUCUAAGUUUCCUCUCAUGACUUUGCAAGUUUAUAAAACUUUUCCUCUUGCAAAUGUCUUGGAUAUUCUGACAUUGUUCUCCCACUAAUCUGCAGGUUUUAUGGUGUUUUCUUUCAUUUCACUUUAGCCACUAGGAGGCUAGGCUCCAGAUUCCCAAAUCCAGAAUAGGAAGGGAAUUACUUGCAUAGUAUAAAAAAGUGCAAGCUACCGGAAAGGUUAUGAGGUUUUAUUUUAUAUUACCACUCCACCUGAUGAGGUUCACCCAGUCAUGUGUAGGGAAAAAGCUGCAUCACUGUUUGUCUGGUACCUGCUGUAUGAGGGGAAAUAAGACUUAAGGGGGGAGGGGGCACCUGCUUUGUUUGAUCCUCUCAGAAAACAGUGUGAAACAAGGCACAGCCCUGCAGCAGCUCCGUGUGUGGGAGGAUGCUGCCCUCUAGUGGACGAUCAGGGAUCUGCACCACGUGGAUCCUGAAAUUAAAUCCAAGAGACAAUUUCAUGCAGCAACAGGUUUCUCCUCAUGCUUUGAUUUGCUUUUUGCCUCUGACAUGAGAUUAAAGGUGGACGCACUUUUUUGAGUUCUCAGCAUCCCAUAAAUAAGUUUACAUCAAACAAAAAUGAGAUGGAUAAACCGAAACAAACAGUUUGUGGACGUCCUAUUUUAGUUUUUACAAAACGAAGAAAAGCUCUGGCUUUAGUGCAUCUUCCUCAGACAGACGCUUACUUUGGGAAUGCCGCUCCGCUAGUGACGUCACUGGAGCAGCAUCCCAGGAGCCCUGAGUGCAGCAGUGUGAGGUCACCUUGACAACGCAGAUGAGCUACUGGUGCUGUUGUUCAAGUGUUUUGGGGCAGAUUUUAAUCAGAGAGAGCUGCAAAGACACGACUUCAAAGCUGUUGUCCUACAUAUAAAUGCGGUAUUUUUACUUAAUUUACAUUUUGUUAUUACCUCGGGACUGCCAGUCCUAAUUUGAACCGAUUGUGAUGCUUUGAGGGAUUUUUUCCUCCUUUUUUUAAAUGAUUUCUUGACUUUGGCAUCAGAAUGAUAAUAUUGAUAACCCUAUGUGUUUGUGUGUGAUGUCAUGAUGUCAUGAUGAUGAUGAUGAUGAUGAUGUGUGAUGAAGGUUUCCUUGGAUAUUCUGCAGGACAGGACAUAAAAUAGUUUAAGUUCUUGAUUUUUUAAGCAAUCACUGAAUUGCAGCCUUACUGAUUUUCUGAUAACAGAUUUUGAUCAAAAUAAGCUUUUAUUGAUAUUUACAAAAAAAUAUGUUUCUAAGUAACAGCUGAUGUACAUUUUCAAAAUGAAGUAAUAAAAAAAUGAUUUCUUACAAGAAACCACAGAACUGCCUUUUUCUCCUUUUUUCAUGUAAUUAACUUAUUGCAAGUCAAAGUCUGUGAGAACAUAUAAAGUUUGAAUUAUUCUGCAUUGAAACUGAAGAAAAAGAUGUCGUACAAAAGUUAGCGUUGGCUCUUUUAAUCGUAUGAUUUUUGUUUUAAAUAUUUAAAUAUAUAAUAAAAAGCAUCUGAUCAUUGUGGGUCUCUGUAUUAAGCAAAAAAGAUGGGAUGGGGAGAACGUGCCCCAGAGUGGAUGGAGUCAGUCAGAUUUACCAGCCUUUGAGUAUAAAAUUAGUAUAAAUGAGUAUAAAAUGGAAAUAAUGAGUACGAGAAGAAGAUGCGCUGCAACACAGAUAACUACAGGAGAUCCAUUCUGCCCACGGCAAUAAACUCCUAUAAUAAAUCUUUGAAAAC